UCUAAUUAUUCUCAUUAACAUAAUUACACAAAGGUGUAAAAGAUAGAUAGAUAAAACAGAGGAAACUUGAUACACACACAACGAAAGAACAAUACAAAGAUGUCUCAAUUAAAGAAUAUGUCUAUUCUUUUAUUAAUUGCUUUUGCUGCAACAAUACUACAAAAUAUCGAAGCCACAGAUCAUAUUGUUGGAGGCUCCACCGGUUGGACCGCUACUCCUCCAGGUGGCGCUUCGUUUUACUCUGACUGGGCCUCCAACAUCACAUUCAAAGAAAAUGAUGUCUUAGUUUUCAACUUUGUCACCGGAGCUCACACAGUUGCCGAAAUUAGCAAGGCAAACUUUGACAACUGCAACGUCAAUCAAAAUACUCAAGCCAUAACAACAUCGCCAGCAAGAGUAACCCUUGACAAAACUGGGGAUUUCUAUUUUACAUGUACUUUUCAAGGCCAUUGUAACAAUGGCCAAAAGCUAAGUGUUAAAGUUUCCGCUUCUUCGCCUGCUCCAGCUCAAGGUCCUUCUCCUCCUUCUCCGACUCCUCCUUCAUCAGGAACCACUCCUCCUUCACCUAUUCCUCCAUCAGGAACCACUCCUACUCCUCCUUCUCCAACUCCACCUGUCAACGGAGAUUCACCAUCCCCUUCAUCUCCAACUCAACCAGGCGCAACUCCUCCAUCACCGGGCUCAGCCACUUCUCUCGUUGCUACUUUCUCUAUUUUCACCGUCGUUGUUGUAAACUUAUUGUUUUAGAAUACAACUUUUUUGGUUGGGUUGGGGGUAGGGUUUGCUAUUGUCAUAUAGUUGAUCUCGGUAUACAUGGUUUUUUCAAUUUCUCUGUUUGAUGUUCGUUACAUGAUUAUUAUUGGUUUUGUAUCACAAUAAAUA